ACCUGUGUGCGUGCGGCGGCGUUUUGUUGCUUCAUCUUCCGCGGCGAGUUCGUUUCCGAUUGAUUGAGCAGAUACGAAAUCACAACCCAAACAAAAACACAGAUGUGCUCGUUUGCCCUACUACAAAAAGCUGUGGAUAUGACAAUCCCUACAUCUAAAGCGUUUUCCGAUGGUGGCCUUGAAAACUAAAAGCUUCUCAAUAGACGUGUCAGCCUCGAGUCGAGUCGCUGCACAUGUCUACCAUGGUGACUUUGCUGUGUCUCGUCGUCUCUGUGCUUGGCCUGGCCAUUGCGGGAGGUGUGAAGAACUGCCAUCCUCAAUGUCGAUGUGAUGUGGAGAGCUACGGCCUCUUUGACAGUUUCAGUCUAACCAAGGUAGACUGCAGUGGGAUUGGCCCUGGAACUGCUCCGGUCCCCAUCCCUCUGGACACAUCCCAUCUGGACCUGUCUUUAAACUCCAUCACCUCCAUCACUGACUCCAUGCUGUCCGGGCCAGGUUACACCACAUUGGUUAGCCUGGACCUAAGCAGCAAUAACAUAGCUUACAUCAAUCCCAAAGCAUUCCUUAAGCUUCGCUACUUGGAGACGUUGGACCUGAGCAAGAACGUUCUGGAGAGUCUCAGCGAUGGUUGUUUUACUGGUCUGCCUCUGGUUGAGGUGGAUCUUAGUGAAAACCAGUUCAAGGAAUUCAGCCUGGAUAUCUUCACCACCAGGAUACAAGACAUGCCAAUCAUGCUGGACCUGUCCAAAAAUCUUCUCACCUCCAUCUCCAGAAAGACCCCAGUGCAUCCGUUGUAUAUCAAGAGCCUGAUGCUCGCAGGAAAUCGAUUGAGAAUGGUGCCAAUGCUGACGGGAAUACCACUCCAGUAUCUGAACCUGGAUGGGAAUCUCAUCUCCAGCAUUGACACAGGGGCCUUUGAAUCACUGACAGAACUUGUCUACCUGUCGCUCAGCAGCAUGCCUGAACUCACAGAGUUACAACCAGGUGCCUUUAAGGGCCUGAGGAACCUUCAAGUCUUGGAUCUUUCAAACAACAGGCAACUCAAAGAAUUUAGUACAGAUGUGUUUAGUGGGCUUGUCUCAUUACAGGAGCUAAAUUUGUCCAAUACUGCGAUCACCCCAUUGUCUAGAACUGUCCUCGCCCAAAUGCCAAGUAUUAAAAGCAUAACUUUCGGGGCAAACGUGCAUUGCUGGAAGACACACAAGCAAGGACAGUUUCAUAGACAGAUAGGACAGGCCAAACCCAAUGAUAUACUUACCUGUGAUGCUGAAGGUAUGAUCCUAUGAGCCAGGAAAGACGUUUUUCAUCUCUGUGCCUUAAUUGUAUCAUACAAGAUUUUGUUGUUUGUAUUAAGACUGCAUUUUUCUUGCACAUAUUUCAAGGUCCAUUACACGUGUUCAUUGCAUUCCAAAACACAAAGUACAUUGUUCGGGCUUAUGCACUUUAGAUACCACUUCUUGUAUUUAAUGUCACUCGAGAUUUACAGUGUGUGUCAUGUGUUGGAUUGUGGCUCAAGAGGAUUGUGUGGUUAUACCAUACCAAGUAUAAAGGGAUAGAUCAUCAUUUAUUCAUCCUCACAUCGUUUAAACCCUUGCAUGAGACUUUCUUCUGUGCAACACAAUUGAAGAUAUUUUGAGAAAUGUCACAGUGGUUUUGUGUCCAUACCGGGGAAAUGUCUGGUUCCCAACACUCUUCAAAAUCAUCUUUUGUGUUCUGCAGAAGAAAGUCAUACAGGUUUGCAAUGACACUUUGCAUUGCAAAGUUUUCAUUAAUUUUGUUGGAGCGCAAGUGAGGUUUAGCUCAGUUGUGGAACAUUUCUAGUACAUUUCAGUGUUCCUCAUAAAUUCACAGGAACAACUUUUUGUGAUCAUAAAAGUGGUGUAGUUUACAGUAAUGUGUUAUACCUUCAUUACUGAGGGCAAUAAAAUUACAAGUAUUUUGUUAUAUUUGUUACUUUAAUUGGCCCGUUUUAAACUUUUUAGCUUAAACUUGAAUGAAAUUAUGUGAUUGAAAAUCAGAUUUUGCACUGUAAUGAAACAUACUAGUAUAGCAUUACAACUUCUUUUACAUGUCUAAUAAUAUAAUAAAGUAUUAAACCUAAAGACAUGAUUUAAAAAAUACACGUCACUGGGAAAUCUAAUUUUAUAUCACUUUUAUCAGUUUUAUCAUAGAUGUUGACAUUGCUCUGCAAUUUUGCACUUUUAAUGUUCUCAUGAGGUGAAACUUACAUGUAAAACGAAAUCAUGAUGUUCAUCAUGUGAGGAAUGUUUUAUAUUUGUAUAAUCUGUUAAUAAAUGACAAUUAACUCUACACGUA